CAGCGCUAUCUACUUAAACAUGACCGUCUUUCAAAUCUUUCGCUAGACCGUACUUGCGAUCAACCCAACUCUUUUCUAUUUGCCGAUCAUGAUAUAACUGAUAUUUUGCUACAGUGGACAUUCUACGAACUAUCUCGGACCCCGCACAUGUUGCGUCGUGUUUGCAUCGAACUGGAUGAUAUCUUUAGUCCUGGCUCACACCCAACCCAUAUUCGAGAUCAAAUCUUAGAACACAGAGAGAACAUUCUCCAAAGAACGAGCUAUACCUCUGCCGUUAUCAAGGAAAUUCUUUGUCUGUAUCCACCAGCUAGGACAUCGCGCUUUCCGCCCCUAACACUGGGUUCAGCAUUCGGCUAUCGAAUUUCAGGAGAUGUGCCUGGAUGGAUUGUUGCUUUACAACUGCGAGACGUGACCAUACCGUAUAUGGUGACAAAAGCGAUCAGUUAUUCCCUAACGGUGGUUGGAAACCGGCAAGUGUUUGGCGGGCCUUCGAGUGCGGACCACGCAACUGCAUUGGAUAAGAGUUCGCGAACAUCGAAGCGCUUGUGA